CGAAAAGGGAGAAUCUUGAAAAAAUUAUAGAAGAAGAAAAACUAUUUUGGAAUUUUGUAUGGUGCACUCAAAUUUUUGAGAUGACAUCCAAUCUACUAAAAAACGCUAUUAUUGUAAAACCUCAUGGUGUACGUAAAGUAGCAGCAAUACUUUCAAACGCUGUUCGAAACCAUUGGAAUUAUCAGUAUAAACCGGGUCCUUAUCCAAAGACACCGGAGGAACGCGUUGCAGCUGCAAAAAAGUAUGGGUUAACAAUUGAAGAAUAUCAGCCAUAUCCAGAAGAUAUGGGGUAUGGGGAUUACCCUAAAUUGCCAGAUAUUGGUGCAGAUUCGAAAGAUCCCCAUUAUCCUUAUGACUGCCCUGAAUUAAAAAGAAACUUCAAUGAGCCUGUUCAUGCAAGUGCUGAGAUUUUUGGUGAAGACCGCUAUGAUCCUAAUUUGAGGCCAAGAUUUUCCUUGGCACAUCAAUGGACUUGGUUCUUAGGUGUUGUCGGUGGAUCAUUUGCACUAUAUUUUUACUUGGAAGAUUUUAAAAUUGGCAGACCAGUAGCUUGCAAGCAAUACCCUGGAAAUGGCCCUCACUACUUGUUUACUCCCAAAUAGUUUUCAAUAUUGUUUCAAUUAUUAUAGCAAUGUAGAAAUUAUUAAAUGAAUGUUGAAAC